CCCGCCCUCCCAGAGGCGUGACCCCACGGAGCCCAUCCCCGUGGCACCGGGUACUGAUCACCAUGGCCGGGCGCAUCGCCAAGGAGCUGGAGGAGGCUCGGCGCUGGGAGGGGGCCCGCGACGUGCGGCCUCUGGACGGGAACGUGCGGCGCUGGGGCGGUCUCCUGCUGCCCCCACCCGCUGGAGCCCCCAUGCGCCACCCUCCGAACUCCCAUCUACCACCCCAGCGUGGACCUCGAGGGCCGCGUCUGCCAGCCCCUCACCUCCCACAUGCACUGGGAGCCCACCACCCGUGCCAUCCAAGGUGGGUACCGCGGGAACAGGAGCACAGUGCUGGGGGUUCUCCCUCUGACCAACGCCCUGCUCCUGCAGUGCUCCAGGACCUGCUGCUGCAGCUGGACAGCCCAGACCCCCAGCGGGUGCUGCGGCCGGACCUGGCCCGGGAGCUGCAGGAGCGCCCCGAGGAGUUCUGGCGCCGGGCAGAGGAACACACCCGGCUCCACGCCGAGCCACGCCCCGACACCCAUACAUGAGGCAAAAAAAUUCCUCCAUCACCUGC